AUGAAGUUCUCCUUACCAAUCCUUCUUUCUCUUCUUUCCGUUGUUAUGGCCGACCAAGCCCCAAAAAACAAUGACAACUCUAAAGGUGUCAUUGCCAUUGCGGACUUCCCUCGUGGUAACGUUAUCUUUUAUGUCAAAAAGGGUAAUCAAGUCAAGGUUCAUGUUGAUAUGACUGAUUUGCCAACUUCUGGUGGACCAUUCCAAUAUCAUAUCCAUGAGAAUCCAGUUCCAGCUGACAACAACUGUGAAGCUGUUGGUCUUCACUUCAACCCUUUUUCUGCACCACCAGAUUGCGAUGGUCAACCUGACGACAGCUGGUGCCAAGUUGGUGACUUAUCAGGAAAACAUGGUUGGAUUGAUGCUACUUGCUUUGAAACCAAGUAUUAUGAUCCUUAUUUGUCGUUGGAAGUUGGGAACCCUGCUUAUAUUGUUGGGAAGUCUGUUACUUUCCACUUUGCUAAUUUAACUAAAUUUGCCUGUGCAACCAUUGAAUUAGUAAGUGAUACAAGACGUGCCCUGUUGUUUGAUUAUUUACUGUCAAGAGGUGAUUUAGAACUUCAAACUCUUGGUACUGAUCAAGAACAAGAAGAUGAUACUGAUUAUGAAGUUAAAUCACCUCCGGGUUCAACUCCAACUUCAACUACAACUUCAUCUGUACCAGCUUUAAAAUCGCAAGUAUUGCAACAAAAUCCAACUGGAGGUUUGAAACUUAAUCCUUCUGAAAUUGAAUAUCUCAAUAGAACUAAUUCAUCUGCAACCUCAAGUAACAUUUAUGAUGGAACUGAUAUCAAUGAAGGGAAUAAUAUUACCAAUGCUUCAUAUGCAUCUGUUGUUUCCACUGAUUGUGAAAACAAUGCUGCAUUUGUUGAAUCUUCCAUCUUCACUUUUGGUGCAGCUUUGAUUGCUGGAUUACUUAUGUAA